AUAUUGAUUACUAGUAGUAAUGUCUCUUGGUGAUUGGCAGAUAUAAUAAUUCUCUGCCGGCAAUAGUAGGAACCAAGUGAACACCUUGGUUCUGGUUCUGACACAUGACUAAGUCAACGUAAGAUCGAUAGUCCUGACUAAAUUACAAGAAGCUUCCCUUUGGGUGUAUGGCUGAAAACGUACAAGUCCAAAACAGCUUUAUGAAGGCCAAGCUUGUUGCCGCGUCGGAUUUGCCAUCCUCAUGUGCUUCACGUGUUGUACCUAACUUACAAAAAUAUUCAAAAGAAAAAGCUGAAAAAAGUAAUCCAUCGACAAUUUCCAAUUGCCGAAUUUUAAAAGCUGGAUUUUCUUUUUGACGUAGAAUCUCAAAUGGAAUGAAUAUUCUUGUCACCAGAUCCACGCUAUUUUAACAGGUGAGAUGGAAGGGAAAAAAAUAAGCAUGGAUAUUCCUAGGAGUGACAGAAAUGGAAAACCAAAGGUUCUUGAUCCAGCAUUUUCUGCCUUUUUUGUUCAGCUUCCCCAAAAACUUCGAAAUUGUCUUAAGUCACAACUCAAGAGAUUACCAAAAGAUAAUGAUGGAAUAAAAUCAGUGAACCCUUUUUUUGGGAAGGAGAGGGCUUCAUCUGCUGGAUUGGGGAUAGAUCUGGAGAAACAAUUGCAAGCAUGGAGAGAAAAUCCAUCAUGGGUCAAUCAACCUCCAGAAAUAAAGGUCAGUGCUCCAAAAGGUUCUCUUUGCAACCUUAAGGCAAAAGUUGAUGUUGGGUUGCCUCCAGAUACAGUGUAUAAUAUUGUAACUGAUCCUGAUAACAAGAGAGUUUUCAAAAAUAUUAAGGAAGUGAUAUCUAGAAAGGUUUUAGUUGAUGAAGGUCAAAGACAGGUGGUUGAAGUGGAGCAAGCAGCUUUGUGGAGAUUCCUUUGGUGGUCAGGGACCAUCUCGGUUCAUGUUCUAGUGGAUCAAAACAGAGAAGAUCACUCGAUGAAGUUCAAACAAUUAAACACGGGAUUUAUGAAAAAGUUUGAAGGCCAUUGGAGAGUAGAACCUGUUUUUGUGGAUGAGAAAAUCUGUUUUCCUUUCAAACCUAAAACAUUGGCAGAGUAUUGUUCAUGUACCGGGGGUAAAGGAAGAAUUGGGUCAAAGGCGAGCUUGGACCAACUGAUUCAGCCAGCCAUUGUCCCUCCCCCACCCAUUUCUUGGUAUCUAAGGGGAAUAACUGCCAAGACCACUGAGAUGCUGAUAAAUGAUCUACUUGCUGAAGCUGCCAGACUCACGGGUGGCUGUGACACUGAAAAUUCAAACAAGGAGCUUAGAUUAUCUGAGGAAAUAAGUUAUCAUCACCACCACCAAGAUGAGCAGAUAUACGACAUUAAAGAAAGAUGGAACUUACGUAGGAGAAAUGUGAAGCAGCAUCGUAAGAAGCUGUCGACUGCGGAAUCAUUUACUUUUUGAUUAGUUUAAUUUCAUCUGUAGUCUGGUGACUGUUGCAUCAGUAUUUUAUAUGAAAAUUGUCCGACAACGUUUUAAUGAUGUUUCCAUUUGAACAUUUGAAAUAUUUGAAAAAACAUUUGUAUCGCUUAUGUAGUUCUAGUUCAAUGAUAAUAAAACAUAAAUU